AUGAGCCCUGUUGCUGCUACAGUUUCGCGAUCGAAGGAGGUGAAUCCAUAUGUUAAAGCUCCAGGGAAGGAAAUUUUGGAGAGGGACGAACGAAAUACAAAUUCUCGAAGUGGAAGCGAGACGAAUGAUGCCAAUUGCUGCUUUGAUAAGUCCGGAAAUGGUGGCGCCAAAGCAGAAAUUUCCUCAUCGCAAUCAAAUUUGGCUUCUUCUGAUGUACGUGCUUGUUUACUGAAUCGGAAAUUUGGGCAGUCCAGCGAUCUUGUGGGACAUGGUAGCGAUAGCGAAAGGAAGGAUGGAAAACAGGAAGCAAAUGGUGCGCAUGGAGAAGCCCGUGGACAUGUGACAAAAUCGGCACGGGCAAUUCGACCAGCUCCUGCACCCCCAAUGCCACCAAUUGUCAAGUUGAAACCACCAAUUCCGGCGCCACGACGUUUUCCAUCGGUUACCAGAGAGCCGAAAUCAAGGGACCACGUACGACGAUGUCGAGCUUUGUACGACUGUAGCGCUGAUAAUCCAGAUGAAUUAUCUUUUCAACAAGGCGAUAUAAUUGUUGUGACGAAAGAGAGAAUUGCCGGUGAAGACGACACGUGGAUGGAAGGAUACCUGGAAAACAAUCCGUUGUGCAGAGGUGUAUUUCCGACAACUUUUGUCACAUUUUUGUCCUGA